CACUUUAUUCUGUUGAAAUUAUACUUUGCUGUUCUUGCAAAGAUCGAGGACCUAUGUUUCAAACAGAGAGAGAAACACACACAAACUCUCUCUCUCUCUCUCAAUGUACUUCACAAUCUCACCUCACUUCAAACCAUUAUUAUUAAUUGACUUAAACACUUAAAAGGACUUCUCUUCCCUCACUUUCCUCUACUUCCUUCCAUAUUUACUCACUCACUUCAGACUCUCUCUCAAACCACACACACAACAAAAACAAACAAAAAACUUGACAACCUAAAACUGAGUUUUGUUCCUUCAAUUACUAACUACUAAGUAGUAUUUUUGGUAACUCUUAAGAAAAAAAAAACAUACUUGAGGAACUGUAUGAAGUAGAAGAUUCACAAUGAGUCAUGGAAAUACAAAGAAAAGCAAGCUCUCAUGGUCAAAGAAAAUGGUCAGAAAAUUCUUCAAUAUCAAAUGCAAAACUGAAGACACUACUCUCCAAAGAGAUGGUUUUACUUCUAGAGGAAGUGACUUAGAAUACAGAAGUAGGAGUAGCUUGUCUGAGAGAGAAGCAUGUACAAUCAAAAAGAGCAGAACAGAGAAAUUUAGCAGGAAAUCGGAUCAGGUCAGGCGAGCGCGAAUGAACCUUGAUGAUCCUAGAAUUAUUGAUGUCCACAACUAUAGCAUUUUUGUUGCUACAUGGAAUGUGGCUGGAAGAUCGCCUCCGACUAAUUUGAGCAUAGAUGAUUGGCUUCAGGCCUCGCCGCCUGCUGAUAUUUAUGUUCUUGGAUUUCAAGAGAUAGUUCCCUUGAAUGCUGGUAAUAUCUUAGGGGCAGAGGACAAUGGCCCUGCCAAAAAAUGGCUUGCUCUCAUUGGAAAUACUUUAAACAAUCUUCCCGGUACUAGUGGAGGCAACGGAUACUACACGCCUUCUCCUAUUCCUCAGCCAGUGGUAGAAUUGAAUGCAGAUUUUGAAGGAUCGGCUAGGCAGAAGAAUUCAUCAUUCUUCCAUCGUCGAUCCUUCCAAACAACUUCUAGCAGCUGGGGAAUGGAUAACGAUCCUUCAACCGCGCAACCGCGACUAGACCGAAGAUUCAGUGUCUGCGAUCGGGUGAUUUUUGGUAACAGGAAAAGUGACUUUGAUCCUAGUUUUAGAUGGGGUUAUAGGCCUAGUGACUAUUCAAGGGCAAGUGACGCUCGACCGAGCGACUAUUAUUCAAGGGCAAGUGACUACUCUCGACCGAGUGAUUAUUAUUCCAGAGCAAGUGACUACUCUCGACCGAGUGACUAUUCAAGAUGGGGUUCAUCUGAUGAUGACAAUGGCCUCGGAGAUUCUCCGAGUACAGUCUUGUUUUCACCAAUGUCUUAUGGAGGACCUGCUGCCUCCGGUGAAGAUGGAUACGGCAUGCCAGGACGAUCAAAGUACUCCCUUGUUGCAAGUAAACAAAUGGUUGGAAUUUUUCUUACCGUUUGGGUGAGAGGUGAAUUGAAGGAUCAUGUUAAAAACAUGAAAGUAUCAUGUGUUGGUAGAGGAUUGAUGGGUUAUCUUGGAAAUAAGGGAUCCAUCUCAAUCAGCAUGUCGCUGCAUGAAACAAGCUUCUGCUUCAUUUGUAGCCACUUAACAUCAGGACAGAAAGAAGGUGAUGAACUAAGAAGAAAUUCUGAUGUAUUGGAGAUUCUUAAAAAAACAAGGUUUCCGCGUGUUCAUGGUUCGGACAACGAGAAAUCUCCGGAGACAAUCCUUGAGCAUGAUCGAAUUAUAUGGCUUGGAGAUUUAAAUUAUCGAAUAGCCCUCAACUACCGUUCUGCUAAGGCACUUAUUGAAAUGCAAAAUUGGAGAGCAUUGUUAGAGAAUGACCAGUUGAGAAUUGAACAAAAGAGAGGUCGAGCAUUUGCGGGAUGGAAAGAAGGGAAGAUCUAUUUCCCUCCAACAUAUAAGUAUUCCACCAAUUCAGAUAGGUAUGCUGGUGAUGAUAUGCAUCCAAAGGAGAAAAGGCGAACACCUGCUUGGUGUGACCGUAUUUUGUGGCAUGGAGAAGGCUUACAUCAAUUAUCUUACGUACGCGGUGAAUCACGGUUUUCAGACCACAGACCGGUUUAUGGCAUGUUUUGGGCUGAGGUUGAGUCAAAACAUGGAAAAUUGAAGAAAACUAUGAGCUGUUCUCGUUCCAGAAUCCAGGUCGAGGAACUUUUACCAUACUCGCAUGGAUACACGGAGCUAAACUUUUUCUGAAGGAGGACUAGAUGUGAGAUAUCUGCCUCCCUCCCUGUUCAACAAGCGGGAGAGUACUUUUGAAGUUUGAUGAUAAAGACAAAGCAUUUCCCAAAUACCAAGAAAGGUACUAAUAUGUAAUUUUACUUAACAACACAUGUCUUAGCCAACAAGAACACAUGAUCAGUAGAUUCCAUCAAACAUCAUCAUCAUCAUGUUGUUAUGUUAAGCUAUAACUCAUGCCAGCUUCAUAAUUUGAUACCCAAUUAACAAACACUCAACUUUAACUUGUCUCAAUGCACUCUACCAUAUCCUCCAUAAUCAUUAUUAGGGAGAAGAAAUUAUUUUAUUGAUGAUUCUUUAAUUAUUUUUGGAGAAUAUUAAUGAUGACUGAAUGAAAGUGAAGCAUUGUCAAAAUCAUCAUUUGGAGGCGUGUACUAACUUUUUAUUUUUUUGUUUCUAAUGUUGAGAAAAUGAUAAUUUUGAUGUAGUAUACUGAUUGAUGAUACAGUGAUGAAAAAAGAAAAUGUACAAAAGAAAAAGAAUGAAAUUUAUAGUUAAUUAAUGAUAGAAUAUCAAAGCCUGA